UUUUCAACAGUGUUCUGUUUGCAAAUUUGCUUGUAACGGAGUGCAGCAUGAUUUGAUUUGUUGUUAGGCUGUGUAGAUGGCGCACCGAACUUGUAAACUGCGUAUGCCGAACUGACGUUUUUGGUUAUUUUUGUUCUCGCCUCGUGUUUACUUUAGUGUCUAAUUUCGGUCCAAUUGCGAAAAUUCAGUUGUGCAACACCCGAAAGGUUAAUAUUUCGCUCGUAGACGGCAUCAUCGUGCUGAAUAGUAUCGAUCCGUAGUUCCGGAGUAGGUAUAUGUAUACAGUUUUAUCACGUGGUGGUGUGGUGGUUUAUAUAAUUCUUGUUUACCGCACAAGUCGGAACUUUGCGCAUGUGCGUCCCGUCAGUAACCUCAAAUUGUAGAGUAGGCACGGAUUCGGCAGGCUCCGGAUAUCCGGGUCGCGACGCGAAGUCGGCGGUUCUCGCGGCGGGUUUGUGAUGUGCCCUCGUGCAAGUCGUACACGCCCCGUGAGCGGACAGCGUUGGUGAUACGGCACUCGCGCGGCUGUCAUGGCCCAGACUCAGUUCACGCGGAGCUCCGAGAGCGACGCAUGGGCGCUCCUGUCGCUGAAGUCGGCGCCGCCGUCGCCGUCCAAGGUGCAGUGGGCGCAGGAGCCGGCGCCGAUCGCCAUCGCGCGGCUGGACGGCCGGGACUUCGAGUUCAUCAUCCGCCAGAAGCGCGUGGUGAUCGGGCGCAACUCGAGCCGGGGGCAGGUGGACGUCAACAUGGGCCACUCGAGCUUCAUCUCGCGGCGCCACCUGGAGCUGUUCUACGACCACCCCGAGUUCUACCUGACUUGCAACAGCAAGAACGGCGUGCUGGUUGACGGCGUGUUCCAGCGGAAGGGCUCGGCCGCGAUGCUGCUGCCUAAGAGAUGCACGCUCAGAUUCCCUUCCACAAACAUCCGGCUGGAGUUCCAGUCUCUGGUAGAGGAGAGCGGGGCGGGGGGCAGCUCUGGCGCGCCCCUCGUGCCGCUCCGAAUCGCGAUACCCAUGGAAAAUGACGCGCGAAGCCCGGCUCCUUCACCCACUGGCACAAUAAGCGCAGCGAACAGCUGCCCGACUUCACCGCGGGGCGCGGGCUCCUCAGGCCGGCGGCACGCCGACCUCGGGCUUGUGGCUCAAUACGCUGCCCUUGCGGAUCACCAGCGGCCCAACAGCAAUGGCACUGCGGUGUCAUCAACAACUUCAGAAUACAGCAGCCGCGACGUGCGCGAUUCCCGCGACGCCCGCGAUUCCCGCGACGCCCGCGACGACGCCAAGCCGCCAUACUCCUACGCGCAACUCAUCGUGCAAGCGGUGGCUUCGGCUGCCGACAAACAGCUGACGCUCAGCGGCAUCUAUAGCUACAUUACCAAGCAUUACCCGUACUACCGCACGGCUGACAAGGGCUGGCAGAACUCCAUACGGCAUAACCUGUCGCUCAACAGAUACUUCAUCAAAGUGCCGCGCAGCCAAGAAGAGCCGGGCAAAGGCAGCUUCUGGCGCAUCGACCCGCAGAGCGAAGGCAAGCUCAUCGAGCUGGCCUUCCGUCCGCGCCGCCCGCGAGGCGUCCAGUUCCGCGCGCCCUUCGGACUUUCCUCCAGGAGCGCGCCGACGUCGCCGUCGCAGGUGGGCGUGUCAGGACUGGUGACACCAGAGGAGCUGUCCCGCGAGCCCACGCCCGACCUGCUGUCCGCCGACGACCACGAGCAGCAGCAGGCGGGCCAACAACGGCUGGGCGGCGCGCAGUCGCAGUAUUUGUUCCCGCACGUCAGCCAGAGUGCGCCGGGAUCGCCAGGUCACGGGCUGUCGUACACGCCGAGCGGCAGCGGGCUGGUGGUGGCGGGCCACCAGAUCACCGUCGUCACCAACGGCGCCGGCGGCGAGCGCGAGGAGAAAUAUGUUGUCGGCACGACGACGGGAGGAAACCUGGUGUCCAUCCAGGAGGAGGAGGUGCCCUCGGGCGUGGUCAUCCACCAGCACUCGCCCUACUAUGCGGGCAACUACGGCGGCGGCGCCGGUGACUGCGGCGCGCUGGGCGGCGAGCUCGUGAUCGAGGAGGCGCCGCUCGAGCCGCCGGUCAAGCGCCACAGGCACCACAACAUGUCCGACCUAGAAGACCGGCGCGCAUAUUGACAGAACGCGCGGGCCACGCGUGACGCGCCUCCCGCGCCGCCGCACACGCGGCCCGCGCGCGUCACGCGCGUAGCACUCGCGCGACGCGCCACGCGCGCCUCGAGGUAAACGCGCAAGCUUUGCAUCCCAUGUUUCUGCGAUUUUAGAACACUAUUAGUUGCUAUUUACGAUGUUUAUUGAUAUGUUUCGAACUCCUAUGUUCUUCUGAUUAAUUUCGUUGCGGGUCCAAUGACAGUUCAAGUUUCCCCUGGGGCAAAGUUGACCAUAAUUAAUUGGGUUUUUUUUAUGGCGGUCAAGCUGUAGAUCCUGGCUACACAGGAGUUGCAGUGGUGGGUACGAGAGGUGGGAAUAGUCCCGUUGAUAUGUCUCUCACCUACACUACUUGACUUGAUCGAAGUAGAUAGUGUGGGCCUCCGCUACACUACUCGCGAAGUUGAUCGAUGUAAUGUGGGCACGCACUUCACUUCGCUUCGAGCAACUUCGCCUCGCCCGACUUCCGAUUGUUGUCGGUAAUGUAGCCGAGUCAAAGGGCUGAAGUUUGAACACGAAGUGUCUGAUUACGCUACUCGGUUAAUUCGGUACUUCGUCGAUGCGUCGAAGUGAGUAAGCGAAAGUAGUGUAGCGUAGGCAUAACAAGUUUUCUGUAAUUUUGUAAAAGUAGGCUUUGACUUGACUGUGUAGAAAUAAACAAUAGACAUAAUUUAGAGUCAUCAAUACAAAAUAUAAGAAUUUUACCUUCUGAAAAGAUACAUCGAAAGUACAACGCUAAAUUAUUUUCUGCAACAAAAGUCAUUGUUACUUUAUUGAUACUAAAAGUACCAUAAAUGCGGUGUAAGUAGACGGUGGAAUUUUUAUUCGCGGACACGGGAAAUAAAAUGGCUCUAUCAAAUGGAUUGAUUAAUAUUGUUCUAAUACGACGCGUACUUUCCAUCGUCUGCUUAGUCCGUUCCUAUCUUGAAAGAUAAGGCAAGGCCACAGUGUAUGCCUAUUUAUGACAAAGGACACUUGAAUCGUUGGUUUCAACUCCAUCAGCGUGGUUGGUGUGGCAUUAGCCUUACUAUAACAAAUUGUCGAACCGGUAUAAGUGAUUGGGCUGUCGUUUUGGUUGUAGUACUUAUAAUUAAAAUUUUACCAACUGAACCAAUUGAAAUUCAUCAACCAAUCUCGGCAGUCUGAUCAUUUGAACUAGAGGCUUGGAUGAAAUUUAAAUGUAUUUCUCAUUUACUCACUCUAUCACAUCGAUAGAUUAAAAUGUUUUGUAGUAUUUGUUUCAUGAAUUGAUUAUUAAAUGGUAUAUUCAUAAUCAUGCAUGUAAACAUAAAGAUAUUUUAUAUUGCUAUUUGUAACUGUAACCUUACGACAGUACACGAAUUAUGAAAAUAAGCUAGUGCAUGCUUAAAACUUCCUCAUAUCUGCAGUCAGGCAAUAUACCUACUUUAAUUAUCUGUUAUUAGCAUGCUUUUUCUUUUUUAAUGAACAUGUUGAUUACACAAGUCUUUGAUUUACUUGGUUUGUUCUAUCAUAAGCAUAUUCGAAGUAGCAUUAACUAUUGACACCUCAAAUAUAAAAGUAAAUCGCAGAAACAUGGGGUCUCUUGUAGGGAAGUGUAAAAUCUUAGCAAUAAUUCGUUAGGAGUGAUUUGGACAAGUGAAAACAUUGGUGAGACGGCUCGCGAGAGCUCGGCGGGUGACGAGUUAGACCUUAACGUGCUAAGAAUAAAGUGUUGUUUCGAGUGGUACCUUUUAAGUUUUAUGAUAAGUAAUGCAGUAGGAUAUAUACUUUUCGUUUUUAGUUUUUUAAACUCACACGAGCUUUAAGGGCCCGGGAUACCCGAGUCCUUAGUCCCGAGUCGGGAGUGCGCGUUGAACUGACACGUUUGACGUCGAAACGUCACUUUGACAGAUUGAGUUUUUAAUCGUACGCUUGCAGACUAUGUAUGGCCAGCUUCAAAAAUACAACCGAUUGUAACCCUUUAGAUGUAUUCGCUAAGUAUGAAAUUAAUUAAACAAAGUUAACUUUUUUAACAGGAAUUUUUGAAGCUGGCGCUAACAUUUCGAUAAUGAAUUAAUAAGUGCAAUGAAUAAAAUGUAAUUUAAGUUUAGUUAAAAUAAAAAUAUGUAACCUAUCAUUGUUACUUAUUUACACUACUUAAAUGACAGAACUCACUAGUUGUACGCUGCGGGUUCAUGAUGCGUGUCUUUUGUAUUCUGUGGCCGACCACAGACUAAUGAACUUAUAGGUAGACCAAAAAGUUGAUUGAAAAAGUUUGAUUUUUGCUGUUGUUGACGAAGUAGAAUAACGUCUACGAUAUCUGAAGUGAACAUAAUUACAUUUUUUUAUGUAACAGUUGUUUUUUUCUUGGAAAUAAAUUACAAUACAACAGUUAUCUUUGAAAAGUCAUUUGUUUGAUAAAUAGAUGUCGGUGGAACUUCCGAAAUUAUAAAUUACAUGAAAAUUUCUAUUUUCUUAAUAAAACUUCGGAUUGAGUCCUGCUAAAGGCAGAUAAUCCGUUUAAGGUCCAAAAAUAAUGAAAAUUUUAACUUCCUUGUCCGAUUAAUUUUCAAUGAAACGGCGUACUGAAUUAAUAUUAUUUGAAACGUAGCUUCAUUCAUAUUCCAUUUAAUUAAAAUUUAAUAAAUUGUAAAAUUACCCAUUUGUUAGUGAAUAACUUAUGUGGUUAUUCGGUAUUGUUUCAAGAUGCGUUUGUUGGAAUGCAUUGAACGAAUUUAUAUCGGAGUACAACAUAAUUUACCAUAUUACCCUUUGGAUCGACCAUUUAUAGGAAAAUUUACAUUUAAUCUAAAUAUAUCACACUGUUGAUGUUGUUUGACUCUCAUUUUCUUUAGAACAGUAGAAGUGUUAGUUCUAAAAUUAAUAACAAAAUUAAUCAAAAUAAAAUAUAAUUCGGUACUUAUGUAACUGUUGAAAGAUUCGAGAGAAUUUGAAAUUUAAGUUACUGAAUUCAAAAGUAAGUAUGGCCUCUAAUAUCAAUGAUAUCUGUACACAGACAUAGUAUUUGUAGCUUUCCUAUUAGUUGCCGUGAAACAUGCUUACAUAUUUAUUCCCAUUGUUACCCGUAAAGUUCCCGGAAAAAAAUCCAGGUCGGGAAUAUUCCUGUAAUAUUUUCAUUGAGUAAACUGGAAAUAUAUUUGGGAAAUGCAUCGUCCAUUAAUUUUGUGAGAGCAACAUUAAUAUCGUCAAAUUUGAAUAUAAAACUAGCGAUUUAUAUUUUGUUUAUAGUCUUGAGUUGUUUUUCAUAAUAGAAAAGUAGAAGUUUCGUUUUAAAACAAUAGUUCCUUUAUUUUGCCACGUGAACCUUAAUAUAGUUAGAUAUUCGUAUUGGUGUAUAUUAAGGAUAUUAAUUACGUUAUACAUUGUCUCAGGACCGUUUAAAGAUUUUUCAUAACAAGUGUAUAUCGUAUCCCUAAUAUGGACUAAAGAAUUAGAAAUAAUGCUCAAUAUAAAUGCUGCCUGCACUCGUGUAAAACUUCUUUUCGAUUUUCUUGUGGUAAAGAUAAUAAACAACUUAUGUCAUUACACUGUGCCUACCAAAACAAAAGUCCAAGGACAAAUUGGUCAAUAAUUUUCGUUACUUAACACAAUAUUUUUUUUAUAGAAUUCGAGACCAUCAAUAAAUACUUUUAUUAAUAGCUUGACGUAAGUACAAAGUGCUUUAUUGAUGCCUAAAAACAAUACACGUCACUGAUUUAAAAAUAUUAUCGUAGAGUCAGCAACCAAAGUAUUCUAAACGUUUGUUCAACACUAAAAUAUUUUGACAGUGUAUCCAAUUUAUUGUAUUUGUAAGUGCUGUGUGUCAGUAAACAAUGAUUUUAAGAGUUUAUGGCCCAUCAGUCGACACUACAAAAGUAAUUUUCAACACCAACUGGGUGAAACUACAGACAGUGUGUUUAGGCGUUCAUAUUUACGUACCAAUAACCGUCACGCGCAGUUUGGGCCACACGUAAAAUGUUACGGCGGCCAAUAUGGCGGGAGCGAAUCGCUUGGUCGAGAGAAAUACAUAAAAUACCGCGUAACGGACCGUAUCUUAUUAUGUUACAUAAAUAUUGUCAACAUAAGACGUUAUGAUGUUAAAGUAAAGAUUACAUAAUGAUAUAGGUACUUGCGUAUUUUUUAUUGGCACUCAUCAAGAUAAAUUUAAGCCUGAUUGGUGUUAGUAUUGAAGUUCAACCAAUCCCAGUCUUGAGUCUGAAUUAAGUUUCAUUUCAAGCAUAGUUUCAUAAUAAAGUACCGAUGCUAGAUAGAUGGUUUUCGAUGAAAUACCGUUCGUUUUUGUUUCGAUACAUCUAAAGUUGUAAUGAUCAUUGCCACAAGAAAGUCGGUAAUAAAAAAAGUUAUUUUUGUAACCAAUAUUUAAGCAACCAAGACACCAAUUUAAUAAUAGUAAUAGUAAAUAAAUAGGAAGUUGAUGCACCGCGAUUUUUUGUUCUUAGUUAGGGUGGGUGCACCAGUCCCACACCAGGAACCAGUAGUACACCAUUUCUAAUUUCACAUCAAAAUAUUAACAAUCUGUCGAAUUUCCCGCCACUUUUGUUACGUUUGGUAGCACUGCCGUACUUCUACCAAUCAUUAGUCUAAAUGAAAGCGACAAACACGACUUGGUACGAUCUGGUCAACCUUAGGCACAUUGCGACUUUCCACAUUGAUUGUUAAAUAAAAAUAAACCUUACAGCUAUUAAGAAAAUUGGAAUAAGCUACUUGAUUCUAUGAUAGACAAGGAGUAGUUAAUUCUUUUUUUUGCAAUGAUUGUUGUAAUAAUUGAGUCACAAUAUCAAAAUUACUUUUAAAAUAUCGCUUAUUUACUGGUACACCCACCCUACGUUAAAAUACUUUUUCUGAAGAAAACUUUUUUAACUCACAUUGAUAAUUUUGUCUCAAUAUACCUAGGCACCGUUCGUUAAAUUUCAGCUUAGUAAUACAUCUCUAUUACAGUUGUGUUAUAGGGUUUCCGCAAUGCAAGUAGGAUAAAUUGUCUAUUGAAAAGUCACUGUAGCACCUAUAACAUAGCUUUAAAUAAAUUCGUUUUAAAAUACAUUGAAACUUACCCUUCUCCCAAUUACCUGGAUACGUUUUAGUAUCCUUAGUAUCCGACAAAAAUACAAAACUUAAAGCACCCUUACCAACAACUGUGAGAGAUGUCCCAAUCUUAUGUUGCAACAAUUUGUUGUUGUCGAAAUGUAUCACAUUAAAUUCGAUGUCAAUGCGCCUUUAAUUUUGCAAAGUGUAAACACGCCUUAAAUAUAUCAACAUUAGUUAGUAAGUUGGAUUUUAAGCUUUAUUUAUGCAAUGAUAAUAAAAUAUGUCGAUCAAAUUCGUUUAGCACGAGAUUCGCUGGUUUACCAAACAUGAUAGGUGACUAACCUCGAAUAAUUACCGCACGGUGCGAUUGUAUUUAGUGUACAAUUAAUAAUAUAUGUGUAAUUCUCAAUAUUCUUAUUACCAUGUCUGUAUUAUCUAUUGUAUCACCGUUAUGUAUGGGAAACUGCAAGUAUAUAAUGUAUAAGAGAUGUAAAAUUGCAGUAGUAUAAAUUGUAUAAAAGUUGAAUAGUUAGGAAUAGUGAAAAGACAUGUUUGAUAAGCGAGCGAAAAUAGCUGUUUUAAACCCUUGUGAUUUAGUUUAGAGCUCCUGUCACUUAACGUUAAUAACUCGGUUUAGGUGUACAAAAAUAUUAUAAUAUCUAUAAAACAAUAAUAAUUAAAAUUGUAAACUAAUAUAUCGUGUAGUACCGCUAUACAAUAUGGUAGAUAGUCCAGUGACCACGACGACGCACUUAGUAUGUAUUUUAGCAUUUAAAUAUUAUAUUUGUGAAUUAUGUUUAGUGAGAGGCUUCUUUUAAAUGAAACGUAUCGGUUGGUCUGUGAGUUGCCCCAUUAUGUCUGUCUUGUCGCUGUGAAGUUAGAAGACGAUUGUUCAAGCAAUAAAUAGAAACGCAAGAAUCUAGUGAGAAAAUGUGCCUACACACAUCUUUGAAAAGUUUGUACGUUUUUAGUUAACCAAUUAGAUUUGAAAUCAAUGACCACAUUCAUUUGUUUUAGUAACUGGCAAAUGUGACGUCAUUGAUAGUACUUCCAUUCAAAAAGGCGUAACGUAGGCGUAGCGUAAGCGUUUUUUGGCUGUGCUCAAACGAAUUAAAUCAAUUGUUGGCGUCAAUCGUCUUAGUUGCAAUACAAUAUCUUCUCAUCCCUUAAGUGUUACACACGCCAAUGUACUUGUUCCAAAUUAAUAACAAAGCAUGACACAGCAAAAACAAUAAUAUUUCGUUGAAACGUCAAAGCUUUUCUCGUUAACGCGCCGACUAAAAUAUUAGCACAACGUCUUCGAAUUCCCACAGUGUUUAUACAUUGACAGCUGUUGCGCUCGCAAAUAAUUUACAUUCAAUUUUGGUUCGGAACUACCUUCAAAGCGUUAAGAGUAUAAAUACAACAAUUAAUUUGCACAAGCCACAAUGGCUGCUCAAGCAAUGACGUCAUAAUGGGGCACUUUAAAGGAAUGUGCAAGUGGAGAGUAUGGUAUCUACUUCGAUUCGGGAACGAGAAUGAUUAUAUUAGAUUAUAAGGCAUUUAAAAUGCUAAUAGGUACUUUGUGUCUAAAUAAUGUAAACUAGUUUGUACGCGAUACAUAAUUAUAUAUAUAAUUUUUGUUGUGUAUAUGGCAUACUAUAUAAAAUAGAAUGCAGGAAAUGUUCCCAUUCCGAGAGAUAUUGGUUGUUCCGGAUAUCCGUGUCUGAUUAUUUGACAAAUUUUAAGAAAUAAACGUAUUUUAUCUCCUUUA